AUGGCUGACUUCGAUGCGAUCUAUGAAGAAGACGACGAAGAAAAUGAUGGCUUACUCGACGAAACUUUUAUCAGUAUGGUUCCAGAUCCCAUUAUUGUAAGAGGAGCCGGUCAUGUCACUGUGUUUGGUUUAAGUAAUAAAUUUGAUACUGAAUUUCCAUCAGGACUUGCAGCAAAGGUUGCGCCUGAAGAGUACAAAGCUACUUUAGGAAGACUUAAUAGCGUUUUAAAAAAGACUUUACCUGUCAAUGUAAAAUGGUUAUUAUGUGGCUGCAUAUGCUGCUGUUGUACGCUAGGUUGUUCCUUGUGGCCUGUUAUAUGUCUUAGUAAAAGGACAAAGCAUUCAAUUGAAAAAGUACUAGACUGGGAAAAUAGUCAUUUAUAUCAUAAAUUAGGACUUCAUUGGUUGUUGUGUAAACAGAGAUGUGAUUCCAGUAAUAUGAUGGAAUAUGUGCUAAAAGUAGAAUUCAUUCCAAAAGUUUCCAUUUUAAAACCAGACUAGCAAGCAAUUUUAAAAGAGGAGUGGAAGAGGAAGACAGGAAAUCAAGACAACAUUUUUGGAUUGUGGAGCUGUUUGGGCUGUUGAAUUAUAUACUUGCAGCGUAAUAAACACGGCUCAGUCUGUUUGGUAUCUGCUGAUUAACACACGGUUACCUCAAAUGCAAAAAUGACCGAUGACUCGUAAAUAUUCAGAGACUGACAUUUACAAGUUGAAAUAUUUAUAUACCAUAAUUUAUGAAAAAAGGGCAAUGUACAUAUUAAAUUAAAUUUACCUUUACUAAUUUUUUUUUUGUUAAACUUG